CUCAUUUAAUACACACUAUAAAUUAUUUAUAUAUAUAUAUUUUUUUAAAUAAUUCCCUGCCCUUACGUCAUUAUUUCAUUUCGGCGCAGUUUCGUUUCAGCUAGUUAAAAAAAAACUAUUCAUUUAACACUAGUUGUACUUCGCUACCUACACACCUACCUGCCUGCCUAGCUAGCUAGGCUAGCUAGGUAUAUUUUAGCAAAGACCAGUACAGUGCUAGCGGCUAGGCUUGGUAGGCAACAGCAGUUAGCUCGCUGGCUAGCCGAGCUAUUCACGUUUUGUUUGUAAACAUUAGAAAUAACGCAGCGGUGAGAUUUCCACAUCGAAGACGAAGAGAUUUCCAUUUAAGAAGGAGCUCCAAGAAGCUCUGGAUGCGCGGGUGAUCAUGCGAGUGCCUCGUGUCCAUCCCUGUCCCCAUCCCUGUGCUCGCUGACCCUUCACGUUUCGACCCUUGGAGCGGGCUUUGCGAUGCAGCCAUGAGCUCGGCGCUGUGGAGUCAGGAGAAAGGGGCGGGCAGCCCACGAGAUGACUGGCGCUUCUUCAUGCUGUUGAAGGAAUGCGUGGUGGAGAAAGCGGGGCAGAAGGUGGUGCGUGUGCCUCGUGGGAGCCUGGGACAAGUCUGCCUCGAGCGCACCGCCCUGGGCCGCCCGCUGCCCCCUACCAAGGGCAAGCGCAGCCUGCGAAUUCUGGAUCAGAGCAACGUGGUGGCGAGCGUAGACGAGCGGGACGCGCUGGAGCUGGACGAGGCUCUGGCCGAGCUGCUCUUCCCCAUCACCAACUGCGAGGAGCGUUACGGGCUGCUGUGUGACACGGCGCGGCUCCAACGCGCUCGCUCCAUACGCUGUGGCUCCAGGGUGCGAGUCCAGCUGCGCUCCGGUGACCUGCCAUUACCCGGAGUCGUCAGAUUCAGAGGAGCUCUGCUGCCUGACCGCGCACUGUCCGGGAUCUGGUUCGGUGUCGAGCUGCUGGAGGAGGGUCGUGGUCAGGGUUUUACCGAGGGCUCGUAUCAGGGCCAGCAGCUAUUCCGCUGCGAGGAUGAGUGCGGUGUGUUUGUUGCUCUGGAUAAACUGGAACUCUGGGAGGACGAGGAACUGGAGGUGGAUCACCUGAGCCUGGUGGACAACGAGCCGGACAUGGAAGGAGAUUUCCCUCCUCUGGAUCUCAACUCUCGUGUCCUGGUGAACACACACGAGGGCGCUGAACGCGGCACCGUCAUCUUCUGCGACCUUUUACCUGGCAACGAGACUCUCGGCUAUUACGUCGGGGUCGAUAUGGACAAUCCCAUCGGAGACUGGGACGGCGUGAUCGACGGGAAACUGCUGUGUAAUUUCGCCAGCCUCGAGCACACCCGUCUCGUGCCCAUCUGUGAUGUCAUGCCAGAGUACUCCAUGCAGGACCCAAGGCUAUCCAAAGCCAGCUUUACUCCCAGAGGGAGCAGUGAGAAGUCUGGCAUUCAGAGCAAACCAAAGAGCAAAGGGUUAGGUCUGCAGGCUGCCAGCAGAAGCAAGUCAGAGUUUUACUAUACCCUAAACGGCAGCUCUGUCGAUCACCCGACCCAGUCCAAAUCCAAAAGCACGUGGUACAUAGACGAAGUGGGCGAAGACCCAGCCAAGUCCCUGACGGAAACGCCCCCCGACUUCAACCAGGCCUCACCACCUCCCCGAGCCCCGCCCACUGCCCCGUCACUAUCCAGUGACAACAAGUUUCACUCACUGCCCUUCAGCCUGAGUCGCAAGAGCGGCCCCAAUGGGAGCAUGAGCCAUGGGCCGCUCUCGCUAUCCGUCCAGUCAGUGAUGGGGGAGCAGCAGGAGGCUCCGCCCCCACCAACAGCUCCUUCUCCGAGGCCUCCAUCCCCUCCUAAAGGUCAGCCGGGGUUAGAGGUCGGGUCACUGGUAGAGGUGAAGGAGAAUCCGCCCCUGUACGGGGUGAUACGCUGGGUGGGACUGCCCCCUGGUCUACUGGAGCCUCUCGCAGGGCUGGAGCUGGAAGACGAGUCUGUAGGAUGCACUGACGGUACUUUUAAAGGCACACGUUACUUUACCUGUCCUCCAAAAAAAGCUUUGUUUGUGAAACUGAAGUGCUGUCGACCCGAUUCACGCUUCCCCUCACAGCACCACUCGCCCAAUCCAAUCGAACGCUGUAACUCUAUAGCGUUCGGUGGUUACCUGAGUGAGGUAGUGAAUGAGAACACUCCUCCUCGUACAGAGAGUGAUGGCCUGGACGUGAUGGUCGGCAAGAAGAAAGGCAUUCAAGGUCACUACAACUCCUGUUACUUGGAUUCAACACUUUUCUGUCUAUUUUCCUUUAGCUCAGUGUUGGACACGGUGUUACUGAGACCGAAGUCUAAGACUGAUGUAGAAUACUACCUGGAGACCCAGGAGCUGUUACGCACUGAGAUAGUCAACCCACUGCGGAUUCAUGGUUACGUCUGCGCAACGAAGAUCAUGAAGUUACGGAGAAUUCUAGAAAAGGUGGAGGCUGCUUCGGGAUUCACGUCUGAGGAGAAAGAUCCUGAAGAGUUCCUCAACAUCCUGUUUCACCACAUCCUGAGGGUUGACCCUCUGCUUAAGCUACGCUCUGCUGGCCAAAAAGUUCAGGACUGUUACUUCUACCAGAUCUUCAUGGAUAAGAAGGAUAAAGUGCUCGUACCGACUAGCCAACAACUGCUGGAGUGGUCCUUCAUCAACAGUGACCUCAAGUUUGCUGAGGCUCCGUCGUGUCUCAUUAUCCAGAUGCCUCGCUUUGGGAAGGACUUUAAGAUGUAUAAUAAGAUUUUCCCGUCUCUGGAGCUGGACAUCACGGAUGUUCUGGAAGACACACCCAGAGAGUGCCGUAUCUGUGGUGGUUUAGCUCUCUAUGAGUGCAGGGAGUGUUAUGAGGAUUCUGACAUCACAGCGGGAAAGAUUAAGCAGUUCUGUGACAAGUGCAAUACACAGGUGCAUCUUCAUCCCCGGCGUAAGAAUCACCGCUACAGCAAGCUCUCCUUACCUAAAGAGCUUCAGGAGGGCUCAUGGAGACAGGCUUCGUUCCCUCGCCAGCAGAUGGAGCUGUUCGCCGUGCUCUGCAUCGAGACCAGCCACUAUGUGGCUUUCGUUAAGUACGGCUCGGCCCCGUCCUCCUGGCUCUUCUUCGACAGCAUGGCCGACAGAGACGGAGGUCAGAAUGGUUUUAACAUCCCGCAGGUGUCCCCGUGUCCUGAAGUGGGAGCGUACCUGAAAAUGACCCCCGAAGAGCUCCACGCCCUCGACCCUAAAAACAUCCAGGGCUACGCGCGCCGCCUGCUCUGCGAUGCUUACAUGUGCAUGUACCAGAGCCCUACCAUGAGCCUGUAUAAAUAAAUUAAAAAAAAAAAAAACACCAGAGAGAGAGAGAAGGGAAAGAAAGAUGAGUAGAGACGUUAAGAGAAAGCAAAAAAAGAGGCGGACUCUCAGAUGGAGAAGGACUUCAUCGCACAGAACCAACACUCCCUAACUGUUACCGUUAUGCCUGAUACUCUGUGUAUAUAGUCAAGUACGAGGACAAGGAAGAGGGGGCAGGGAAGCUGAUUUGCACUGUUCAUGGUUUGUGUGUGUGUGUAUUUGUGUGUGUGUGUGUGUGUCAGAGUAUAUCGUAAAUUUCGGGGCGAACAGUAACCAAAAUGGUGUUGUGUUUUUUUGUUUUGUUGCUCCAGUACAGCAGGAAGAAACUGCUGUAACAAAAAUCCAUCACCUGAUACUCCGUACUUAUUCUUCAUAAUCCCGUCUGUAAACACAUCCAGCGCACGCUCCACCAUCUGUAGCGUCUCUCCGGCUUCCCUUCUCAGCCUCAGCCGUAUUUUAUUGUGUCCCUCGUGUCGACCUGCAGCGCUAAAACCAUCCGAAAGCGUAAAGGAAAAGCUUUUCCAUACUUGCCGAAGCGACUCGCUGUUCCUAAAGCACACAAGUGUGUUGUUUUUUCACGAUUCACAGUAAAGCUUCGCACGCUUAAUGAAAGCAGGAGCUUCGGCUUUUACCUGCUCGUGGUAUAGCUAUAAGUUAAGCUAUGCUGUACGAUACGCUAGGAAUCUGCCUGCUGGAAUAACAGCUAACAGGUCAUCAGUAUACAUGGUGUGUGUGAGAGAGAGAGAGAGAGAGAGAGAGAUCCGUUCCCACCUGGGAAGGUGAUUAUUUUCCAAUAACAGCAGUGUUUUGUUGUAUUCCUCGCAGCAAUUCACAACAAUUUUUCCAUCAUUAAAGAACAUUCAUCAGUUUUAAGUUGCAUUUAAUGUCGUGAAACAUUCACACAACAAAUUACUUCCUGUUAUCACUUGCCUUAUAGCAGCAUCAUUCUCUCUCUCUCUCUCUCUCUUUCUCUUUUCCUCUCUGUUUUUUCCCCCCUCCUCUCUUUCUUGUGCACUGCAAAAACCUGACAUCUGAGCAAGAGAAAUUUCUGGAAUAUGUAGUAUUUCCUUUUAUAUGGUUACAACAAACCUAAUCUAAAAUAUUAAUCUUUAUUGUGAACAUUUUCUUGAACUAAUUUUACAGCUUAAGCUUAAAUUUUGCUUAUUCUGUUAAUUAAUUUUAAGCAUCAUUUUUAAAGCAAAAUAAGAGAAUUAUAAGCUUGACAUGAUUCAAUAAUGAUAGAAUAUUUUUUAAUUUGUUGUAAUUUUAAACUUAUAAUAGGAAAUACUAGAUAAAUAUGAUGAUAUUUAAGAGCUUCCCCCCCCCCCUUUUUAAAUUUAUUUAUUGAUUGAUUUAUUUAUUUAUUUUUAAUUGUAUUUUUCCCCAUUAUUUCUGCAACUGACAAGUGGCACUGAUGCAAUGAUAGAGAUGAGAGACGAAAUGAUGAAAAGCAUAAAGGAAAUGUUAUGUAACAUCUCUCAUAUUGAAAUUAUUCUAUACCCAGUGUAAUAUUAAUUUUAUGCCCAUUUCUAGACAUAUUUAUGUGUUCAUUUUAUCUUAAAAAAUUUGACUCAAAUUGAAUACAAUGAUUUUUCUUCUGUCUGGAAACUAUGUCUAGAAAUGGGGUUAGUAAUCUUACGUUUGUUCAAAAAUCAAAUCUAAUCGAGAGAAAUAGGAGUCGAAUUCGUUUACUGAUGCACAUGAAAAUGUUCGCAGUGUAGUUUUACCUCUGACUGUUAAACUGCAAAAAAUGAUCACUGAAAAAUAUCAAAAAAAUGUACACAAAUUCAACUAAGAUUUCUCUUUAUUAGACUCGUAAAAACCUUGGAUCGUAGGUUUAAAAAAAUAUAUCUCAAAUUGUUUUAUUUUGUUCUUUUUCCUCAACAAAAGAAAAUGUAGAUUUUUUUUUUUCCAUUUGAGAGAAACUAAAAAAAUAUAUAUUUUGGAAAUAUUUUCCAAGCUUAAUUUUUUUUCAUGCCUAGAUAUAAGUUUUAAAAAAUAUAUCUGUGUAAUUUUACCGAUUUCAUACUUGAAGUUUGGUUAAAAAAUAUUGCCUAGCAGAUGCCGUUGCUUUUCUGAUGUUCAUUUUAAAAAAUUAAGCAAAUUAUAUUAAUAUUUUAAAUUAAUUAAUUAUUAAUCAUCUUAUAAAUAAAUGAGAUUAAAAUCAGGAAAUAUUUUUAGGAAAUAUCAGGAAUUGGGAAUCAGGAAUCGAUUUUUAGACUCCUUAUUUUGCCUUAUUAUUAUUUUUUUGCAGUGUACAAAUCACUGACACUGGAGACUCCUUCCCUCGAACCGGAAAACAUUCAUUUUUAUUUUAUUAAUUUGUUUAUUAUUCAAAUCCGUUCACCUUUUUCUGGACAUCCAGUCAGAGCUGCUGUUAUGGAAAAUAAAUCCACACUUCCUUUCUUUCUAAACCAAUCAGAUUGAAGAACGGCACUGUGGUGUGUGUGAGUGUACUUUUCCUGUUUUUUUUCUGUUUGUGCUCGAAUAAUGCAAAUGUUCUGGGGUGAAAGAUCAGUCCAUCUGCCAUGUGGUCACACUUUCUAUGUUUGGUCAGGCGUUUUCUACUGAGCAAAGCCUCGUCAGCAUUGUAGCAGGUGUAGCUUCUACACCACACACCCAUCUUCAUUCAGAAACAUCUUCAUAAUAAUAGUAAUGAUGGUAAAUUUGUUAUCUCGGUUAUCCCAGGGUUUGCUAAUGUGUGUGUGUGUGUGUGUGUGUUUAAUUCGGAGAGGGUUAAACAGAUUUUCUGUGGAAACUAUAAGGAGAAGCUUUGCUCUGUUCCGAGUCGGAGAUCCCGGAUGAAGAAUGCAUCGUAGGUCAAGCCUGCUGAUGUCAUUUUUUUAUUUUUCAUUUUUUAUUUUCAAGGAAAGAUUCCCAUUUCUGUCGGAAUUCAGCUGCUUUGAAUUAACCGGUGUGGAUUUAAUAAUGUUUCGUCGACAGACUUUUGAUGCUUUGCUGGUUGCACUGAUGAAGGUGGUGAACUGUAAAGGCUUGUGCUGGUGCUUCAGUGUUGUACAGCUGGAAUAUGCCGUGUCUGGUGUUCCUGUUCAACUCCAACCCUGGUUUCGUUUAUUUGUGCUCUUCUCAUGAAUGUUAACUAAAUUAAAACCCCAUUUUCCAAACAAUGGUUUGCAAAGGAA